AUGGCGACGACAAUGGAGCAAUGCUUCGCGGCUUUUAAGUCGACGCCGUGCUUGUCAGAGCUUAAACAGAUCUGUGACGAAUGGGAUGCAUCGGCGUCCACUUCAAGUUCUGGAAACGCUGAGCUGAAAGAUCGCGUCCUGGACAUUUGCAAGAAGUGUUCGCAAUCUUUCGAGCAGGUGUAUCACUCCGAGCAGGUCGGCGCAUGGGAGCGGAAUCGCGGUGACGAGGGCGUUCAGUGGCGUCGGGCUCACGGGCGCGUGCAGGUCAUCAAAACGUCAGGGUUUUCUUUGAAGGCCAUUGCCAACAACGCGGUGGCGGGAGAAGACAACCCGUACACGAGGGAGUACGCCAAAUACACGGCGAAGAAAUGCGCUACGCAUGCAUGCUUUGCGAACUACAAGGAGGAGGAGAUCAGGGCGGGAGCAUGGGGGGCAACGCACGCACUGCAUGGGUUUGCAUGCGUGCACGACGGCGUCGAGAGCGACAUCGACGACUUGACGCAGGACGGCAAGAUGCACAUCGACACUGCCUGCAGCCGAGACAAGCAUGGCCUUCUCAGGAAUGCCAUCGAGGUUGGCGUCAAGUUCACGGUCGCGAAGUGGGUUGUCCACGCAGCGUUGCCGAGCGUUGCUCAUAUCGUCGGCGGUGCCCUGAACACCGUGCAGCAGACGUCCGAAGGGGGAGUCGCGCCACGCGAGACAUGGUACCAGAACCUUGUGAGCAUCGUCGACGCCGCGUCGCCCAUGGGCCCGCAGCCCGACUUCAAAGAGGUGACCAAGAAGGCUUUGAAGUCUCAACCCCCCAGGGCUGUGGACGUGCCAGACAUGGUCGAGUACGUCAAGAAGUGGGGCGGCAUGCCCAGCGGCGGCUUGAUCAAGGAGCUCACGCCUCUUCUGAACCACUUCGUGCCUUCCGACCGCGUGGUGUCAGGCAGCGUGUUCAAGGCUUUGGCUGAUUUGAAAUUUCCCAUUGGCGCCAUGCCUGCACGCGUGAUAAAUGCUGUGCUCUUUCGGCACGCGGCGUCCGACGAGAACGUGCACGACGGCUUCGCCAGGAACGUCGCGAGCAAGGACUUGGCUACGUUGAGCAAGCCUGAGAAGCGCGCCACCGUGAUGAAGGCGAACGGCGCCCUCAUGCGCGCCAAGGAGAUGCUCGCCGAGUCGUCCAUGGACCCAGCCGCCGCGGAGGCGACCGAGGGCGAUCUGAUGAUCGAAGUCGUAGACUUCCUCCUCGAGAGGAACAGGGACAAGGGCAAAGGCAAGGGCGUCGACAAGGACAAGGGCAAGCAGCCCACCUGUCUGCAGGCGAUCCUCGAGAAGUUCGCAAUGAAGCUGGGCGAGGGCGCGGCGGCGAUGCAGCUGCCAGCCGAUGUCGCGGAGUAUCCUUCGGCAUCUGGCGGCGCGAACUUCGCGCAGCACACCGAGGGCGGCGAGACGUCGGGCCUGGGCAAGACGACCGCGCUCAACAAGGACAUCGCGGAGGGCGUGCACCUGCAACUUCGCAAGCCCCGUGCUGGCGUGUCCGCUCCAAUGCAGGACAUGUGGAAAAUCGUCGACGUCUCGGAUGGCGGGGUGGCCAGCGUCAAGAUGGUGAAACCAGAUGGCAGCAUUGACGACACGACAAUUUCGAAUGCAUUGUCGGACAUCGAGGAGACGUACAGGACGUGCAAGGCGAAGGAGUUCGUAGGAGGCUACCCUGGCAACGAUGCGGCCAACGACAAGGACAUGGCCAACCAUGAGUUCAAGGGCAUGGUGUUUGGUGCCUUGAACGCGCUCCUUCGGAAGUACGGCGUGCAGAGCGCGCUCCCCAUGAAAAGGCCAUGCAGGGCAGUCCUGGCGUCCAAGGCGUUCGGCGUGGGAGGUUACGUCGCCGCGCCUGCUUCUCGGUCAAUUGCACCGCAGUCCGAGACCAUCAAGACGCGCCCGCCCAAGGCAAUCGAGGUCGCCAUUCCAGUCGACGGCGCGCCGAAGAUGUUCAUCAUGCCAGCGCCUCCGACCAACGAGUUCACGUGCCAGUUCUGGUGCAUGCGAGUGCAGUCCGACAAGUCCUUGUGCACCUGUGGGCUCAAGGAGUUCAGUGUGAGGGGGAGGCGCCCCGUGGUUGGUGAUCGGAGCGUCGGCCCGAACAUUGACAUCGUCAUCCUUUGCGCGACGAACUUCAAGAAAGCCGCCGCUUACGAUGAGCUCGUGCUUCACAUGGAUGCCGCGGAGACUAAGAAGAAGGACCAAAUCUCGGAGCCCGUCCUCGAGUCCAAGAGGGCCCGCAAGAGCAAGUGA